AUUCGUGCAAACGCCAGUAAAGUGGUAAGCGUCACAGUGACUGCAACCAACAUGAAGUGUAUAAUUUUGACAUUGUUGGCUGUCGUGGCGAUGGCUUAUUGCAAUCAAGAUACGGCACUUUUAUUAAAUGGAAAUAUAAAAUUUACAACUAAAUUGUUCUCAGAAAUUGCAAAGAGUAACACCAAUAAGAGUUUUGUGAUAUCCGCGUUUUCUGUCCUUACCCCGCUAGCGCAACUCUCCCUUGGCGCAGAAGGAGGUACUCACGAUGAACUUCUCACAGCAAUUGGUCUGCCAAAUGAUCAGUCGACGAAAUCUGCUUUUACGGAUAUGAAAACGAAACUUGGAUCCUUAAAAGGGGCUGAGUUACGUAUGGCUAACAGAAUUUACGUCACUGAAAAAUACAGCGUUAGUAAAGAUUAUGCAGCUAUGACACGGCAGAUCUUCGAUUCGGAAGUAACAAGUGCCGACUUUACUCAACCGGAAAAAACAGCGACAGAAAUAAAUAAAUGGGUGGAAGAUCAUACAAACCAUCGCAUCAAAAAUUUAGUAGAUCCUAAAGAUUUGCAAGAUAUUGUUGUAAUACUUGUUAAUUCUAUUUACUUCCAGAGUGCGUGGCAAACUCCGUUCCCUAAAGUUUCAACAAUGGAACAAAACUUCCAUGUAACAAAUCACAAAACGGUAAAAGUACCGAUGAUGCGUAAAUUUUCACAAUACAAAUACGUUAACAGUGAAGAGCUUAAUUCAGCAAUAAUUGAAUUACCUUACGUGGGUAAUAAUUCUGCACUUUAUAUAAUCCUUCCCAAUGAUGUAGAAGGAAUUACCCAGCUUAAGGAUAAAUUAAACAAUACUUCAAUCUUAGAAAAUGCUUUGCAAGAAAUGCAGUUGGUUCAUAUAGAGGUACAAAUACCGAGAUUUACUAUUGAAACCAGAAUAGACUUGAAGAAAACUCUACCUCAUGUGGGGGUUGAGAAAAUUUUUAAAAUUGAAGAAUCUAAUCUGUCUAAAAUAGUAAAUGGACGAAGUAAUAACUUAUACGUUGGUCAAGCAAGUCAAAAGGCUUUCGUGGAAGUAAAUGAAGAAGGUACCGCAGCAGGGGCUGCGAAUGAAUUUAAGUUACUUUUAACAUCUCCUCUCGUUCAGAAGUACUUUAUCGCGGAUAGACCAUUUGUUUUCGAUAUAAGGAUUAAUAAUGCUCCAAUGUUUAGAGGAAUUUACACUGCUACAUAACUUGUUUGUUCGGAGUGCAACAUUUCAAUAACCUUAUAUUUAUCAUCUAAGAGAUAACCAAAAAAAAAAUUAUUUAACAAAAUAUUAUAUGCAAUAAUAGGAGUUUUAUCUGCGUUAAUUGUCGCUUAAUUUUCUGUAAUUGUUGAUUUAAAAAAUAAAAA